AUGGCCGCCGCUGGAAUCAGCCUCUUCAAAUCCUCCGAUGGAUACGUUGUAUCUAUCUCCCUUUUCUCAUCAUCUGACGGAUCAACGAUUGGUACGGGGAUUGAACAAGUCACCUCGUUAUCAUCCCUUCUCGAUACCGUGAAAUCCCUGCUCUGCCAAUGGCAGGAAUCCAAAGUGAAGGCGUAUCUAGUCUCCGUGCCCUCUGCUUUCCCGGCGGAUGAGUACUACGUCGCCCUCAACACAAUUACUGAAGGAACAUCCCACUAUUACUACUACGACACCGACGCGCUUGAACCUGAGACCACUUUAGCGGAAGAUGACCCCUCCGUUUUCAUUACUCAUGGCGAGGCAUACUGCGCCACCCUCCCCAACAACACAGCAACGCCCACCAUUCUAUUCCUCGAUUUCUACCCCGACCGCCUCUCCUCCGAAUGUUUGUCAAGUUCUUUCGACAAGGGCGAACGCCAGACGAAAACCAUCUACACACUUACCUCCUCUUUCGCUCAGGGCAUCUCAGAUGAAGCUGCGCUGAAAACGGUGAUAAUUGUCGAUCCCAAGUACCCGUUCGAACGGGUUGUGCUAAACAAUCCACUGCCUCAACAACUUCCUACUGUACGCACCUUUUUCGAAACACAUUAUCCAGGUACCCCAAUUACCAUCAACACCCCCGAUGUUAUCUCUGCUUCCGCGGCUGCCCGCCUUUACACAAGGUUGAAUCUACCACCACAACCGAGGAGGCUAGCACAAUACAUUGUCCCCCUUCCUGUCAGCGUCACUUCAGCGUCUGGGGGUGCAAUUACCCUCGUACCCCCGCGAUAUAGGAUUCCAACUAAUGAAAGUAUCGUCCUCACAACGUCAAAGGAUAACCAACGCUCGGUGACCGUGCACCUUCUCCUUGGCAACCAUCCUCUCGCCAAGGAUAAUCUGGUGCGAGGGGCCGCCUUUUUAGAAGGAUUGAAGGCUUUGCCUAAGGGUGAAGCGCGGAUCAGGGUCUCUUUUGGGGUUUGUAUUCUUGAGGGUUGGCGGGAUGCGGCAGCGGUCACGCUUGAGCAGGUGGAUUGCGAGAAUGGGGUGAAGAAGACCUUUUUAUUCCCCAAUUUUUUCGCCGGCCUGACGGAUGACGAUGAUCGGUAUGAGGUUAUCGAGCAAGGCGCUGAAGUUGAAUUUGCUCAGCAUUCAGACAGGGUCCCAUGCGGUGUAGGAAGUUCAAAUCAUAAGACUCUGGAGGCCGUGGCUAAUUGCCGUCGUCAUCCGUCUCGACGUGUGGUCUGGCUCUUCUGGGAACGAGGGGAGUGGUGCCGUUCCGAGCGAAUGGAUGCUCCUGACUCGGACUUGAGGAGAAAUUUGGCUAGUCCUCGAAUUCCAUCUUGGGUGCCCAGGAGUUUGGUGGUAAGAAUUCGAGCGAUGCCUCCGAAAUCACCACCUUUGGAAGCGGGAAUCCAUCCUUCUUAA